UAUUAAUCGAGGCCUUUUUUACACUGCUCGUAAAUCUGCUUGACCAUACUUUUGGAUUGGUUUUCCUUCACUGAGAGAAUGGAAACAACAAUAAUCACAAAUCUGUACAAAGCAGCUGCGUCGGGCGACGUUGCAGCACUGGAGGAGAUGGUGCACAAGCAGAAAAUUGAUAUUCUCGCACUUGUUUUCCACGGAGGAAACACUGCUUUACAUAUAUCUGCCUUUCAUUGUCGCAGAGAAUUCGUGGAAAGGCUUCUGCAGCUCAUCAGAGCGCAAUCAGAUGAAGAAGCCACCAAUGAAGACCGACAGCGUAGAUUGUUGAGAGCUCAGAGUAAAGAGGGGAACACUGCCUUGCACGAGGCGGUGAAAGGAGGAGAUCAUGCCCAAAUCGUGCAAAUGUUAAUUGCAGCUGAUUCAACGCUCUCAGCCAUUCGCAACAAAAUGGGCGAGUCUCCCUUCUUCACAGCAUCCGCCAGUGGUCGUCUCAAUGCACUCAAAAAGUUAUUGCCAAUCACUGAUCCUCUCUGCUACACAAGAUCCGACGGCCAGACAUGUUUGCACCAUGCCUUGUUCUAUAAAAAAGAUGAGGUAGCUGCGGAACUUAUAGAAAAAGCUCCUGAGCUUUGCAAAUUAGCGGAUUCCAUUGUGGGUAACACACCACUGCAUAUUGCUGCGUUACGUGGGUGUAGGAAGAGUAUUGUGGAGAAGCUGUUGCAGUGUGAUACUUCUUCUUCGUUUAAACAGGACAAAAUCAAACAACAGACUGCACUUCACUUAGCAGCCCAACGUGGACAUGUAGACGUUGUGAAUUGCAUACUCAGGUUUGCAGAAGACAGUGUUGAAAUAACAGAUAAAAAUGGUAAAACUGCUCUCCACUGCGCCGUUGAGAAUGCUCAUGCGGGUGUUGUGAGAUGUCUGGUGCAUUUCAAAAGGAUAAUCAACAUAGCCGACGAGAAUGGGUACACUGCACUCGACAUAGCAAAUCAAAAGCACGAAGACGAACCAUUGUCUCCCUACUUUGCAAUUCGAAGGUUCCUCCGCAGGAGGAAUGCCAUCGAGGGAGUGGAGGGGGCAGAUCAGAGAAGAGAAAUAUCAGAGCCAUUUCCAAGUGAGGAAAGAUAUUCGACAACAAUAAACAGUCUUUCGGUAUGCGCCACAUUGGUUGCAUCGGUCACAUUUCAGGCAGCUUUCAGCCUGCCACCAAAUGAGAAGGUUAACAAGAUCCUCUCCACCCCUUUAUCUCGCCGUGCUUUCCAAAGUUUUGUAUUAUUGGAUUGGCUGGCGUUUUGCAUUUCCAUCUUAGCAGCGAUUCUUUUAGCAUACGCAACCUUUUUCCGUCGCCAUCGGAGCUUUGUAGUUGGUGUGAGCGCAUUUACUUUACCAUUGGCCCUGUACAUGAUGAUGUUCUCAUUUUCGUUGGGCAUAUUCCUACAGCUAAGGGAUGACUAUUAUAUGUUGGCGGCAUACUUCUAUUAUGCAAUGUUUAUCUUGGCCCCCAGUACGAUGAGUGUAAUAUUUGUGGUGUUGUAUAAUGCGCUGGGGUAUCGAAUCCCGGAGUUCAUCCGGGUAGGGCUUUUCGAAAUAACAUCGUUCGGCGUGUUUAAGCGAAUAAUCCGCUUUCCCCGGCCCAGUUAGAAGAGAUGUUAAAGUGAUUUCAACUGAAAUGGAUUGUUGCGUGUUUGUGUAGCGAAUUUUUAUAUAAAAAUGUGCAAUUGAUAUUUUUUUA